AUGAGUUCUUUAGUUAGACUUGCUCAAGUUACAAAAAAAAUUGUUCGUCCGAUGCCAUUAGUUCAACGUCAUAUAUCGACCUCUAAAAAAAAUCAAGAAGUGUGCGUUACCAAUACUGAACUAACAGAACAUGAACCACAAAAACGCAAUUGGCAAUCAUAUGGCUUUGAAAAAGAAGAUGAGACAGAAGACUUGAAUGCUAUGCACGCUACUGGUUUUUUUUCAAUCACUUUAUGUAUAGUAGGUGGUAUAUUUAUGUUUGCAUAUAUGCCAGACUACAAUUACAAGAAUUGGGGAGAAAGAGAAGCUUUCCUUGAACUGAGAAGAAGAGAAGAUCAAGGCUUACCACUCAUCGAUCCUAAUUACAUACAACCAAAUUUGAUACAACUACCCACCGAAGAAGAAUUAGGCGAUACUGAAAUAGUGAUUUAA